AGUAAAACCGGAAACCACAGAAAUGCUUUUUUAACACGCCCAUGUGAAGUUCUCCUGGUGCUGAACUCCAUACGCUGAUUUAAAAAAAACGAUUAAAAACUCACUGUUAGUUUCACUGGAUGCAGCGUGUUCGUGUUCCUCAUUUGUGACAAAGUAUGGCUUCCAAGGCCGUUUAUACGCACAGAGACCCCAUGCUGAAGAAAAGAGAUGACUUUGAGGACAUAUUGGAGGAGAGGAGGAACUCCAGUGACCUGAGAUACGCCCUGAGGUGUUACACACCUGUGCUGUACAAAGGACUGACGCCGUGUAACGCCAGCAUGCUGAAGGGGAUGGUUCUUCAGUCCGAUCAGAUCCAUUAUGUCAUCAAUCAGGUGUCCAAAGAGACGGGCAGAGCCACCGAUGACAUCCAGGAGGAGGCGUCGGCCAUCUUGGAAGAGAUGGCUCACUGCCUGCAGAUCAGCACCGUUCGCUUCUUUGCCUUCACGCUCAGCAAGGUGUUCAAGAGUCUGUUCAGGAGCAUCUGUGUCAACGAAGAGGGCAUCCAGAGGCUCCAGCAGGCGAUUCACGAGCACCCGGUGGUCUUGUUACCAAGCCACAGAAGUUACAUGGACUUCCUGCUGAUGUCAUACCUCCUGUACACAUAUGACCUGGCUCUGCCCGUCAUCGCUGCCGGCAUGGACUUCAUGGGGAUGAAAUUUGUCGGCGAGAUGCUGAGGAUGUCGGGAGCUUUCUUCAUUCGGAGGUCGUUCGGUGGAGACAAACUGUACUGGGCCGUUUUCUCAGAGUACGUCAGGACGAUACUGAAGAACGGAUUAGCACCUGUUGAAUUCUUCUUAGAGGGGACAAGAAGCAGAACAUCUAAAUCACUGACUCCAAAGUUAGGUCUGCUGAACAUCGUCAUGGAUCCGUUCCUCAAAGGAGAGGUGUUUGACAUGAACGUGGUCCCGGUCAGUAUCAGCUAUGAGCGGAUCCUGGAGGAGUCGCUGUAUGCCAGAGAGCUGUUGGGUGUUCCCAAACCUAAAGAGUCCACUUCAGGUCUGUUUAAAGCCAGAAAGGUCCUCAGUGAAGACUACGGCAGCAUCCACGUGUACUUCGGUCAGCCUGUGUCGGUGAGAAGUUUAGCUCAGGGGAAAGUUAACCGCUGCCAGUUCAACCUGCUGCCAAGACACAUCCCCAGGAAGCCCGGCGAGGAGAUCCACGACUUUGUGAACGACUCGGCCUACAGGCUGGUGCGGGCUCAGGAGGAGAACAUGGUCCUGAAGCCGUGGGUCCUUCUGGCCUCUCUUCUGCUACAGAACCAUCACCAGAACCGGACGGCAGCCGAGGGGCAGAGACGAGGGAUAGCAUUGGAUGAGCUGACGGCACAGGCACUGUGGCUCAGGGACCUUUCCCGGGAGUACGGAGCCUUCCUGCACUGGCCGGACAACACACCUCCAUCAGAAGUGGUUUCCUCCAGUCUUUCCCUGCAUCGAGGUCUGGUGAGGAUCUGUGAGGGGAGAGUCCAGCUGGAUGUGGAGCAAGCAGCAGCAGACACAGCGCAGCCUCAACUCACCAUCACCCCAGAGGAGCAGCUCUUGAGCCAGGCAGUCAUCAUCCUGUCCUGCGUCUCCUACAGAAACCAGGCGCUGCACGUCUUCCUCAGACCGGCUCUGCUGGCCUCAGCCAUCCACACCGCCUCCUCCAAUGACAAACAGGAGGUCUUCAACAGUUUCAGCUUCCUCAGGAACAUGUUCUCCAACGAGUUCAUCCUCAGUCCUGGAGCGACAGUCCAGGACUUUGAGGAGGCCUGCUACCUCCUGAUGAAGACCGGAGCUCUGCAGGUCACCCAGCAGGAGGUUGUGGUUACAGAGAGCGGACUCAAAACUGUGGCCUUCCUCACCAGCAUGUUGGAUCCAUUCUUACAGGGAUACCAGGUGGUGUGCAGGUUCCUGUGCGAGGAGGCCGCUGACUCUCUGACAGAAAAACAGUUUGUUCCAGCGGUCCGAAAGUUCAUCCUUAAACUUCUUCUUGCAGGUAGACUGAGAUACACGGAGGUGUUAUCCUCUGACCUCCAGAAGAACGCUCUGGCAGCUUUGCUUCGACUCGGAGCCGUGCAGAAAGUCAAAGGAGCGGAGCAGGGGACUCUAAAGAUCAACGCGGUGAUGGUGAACUCACUGGAGGACACUCUGGGAGGAAAACUCCCCACGCAGAAGACGGUCACAGCUCGCCUCUAACUCACCGACCUCACGAGGGGACUGAAGUGUGGAAACUUCUCCCCUUGCAUCGACGAAAUGUCAACAAACGCUUUCUAUGAGAGGUGAAACUACAGAGUUUCCAUGUGGAGACAUCCUCUACUUCUUCUUUCUUUACCUCCCUCUUCUUUCUACGACUCUUCCACUAAAAAGCUUUUAUACACAUUGAUGAGACCUGAAGACGAGUCGGGCCUUUUGAAGCUCAUUCUGAAUAACUGACCUUUUGCUACGAGCGGCCUUUGUGGAAGCUUCUGAAUGAGCCGACCUCACUUUAGAGAGCGGCCGUUCUGCAUUAAUGUGUUUGAUAUAUAUGUCCUCUAACACUCAGUGUGCUCUUCUUUGUGUUGUUUCAGUCUGUCUCAGGUCUCUGAUUCGUUUGAGCACUUUAAAUCUAUUUAUUCAUGCAGUGUGGUGUGGACCUAACUCUCCUUUCACUGUUCUCUCCGUUUCUUGUGAAACAAAUGUUGCUAAACUUUGGGAUUUCUUGGGUUAUAUAUUACUUCUUUUUUUCUUUUGCACUUCUCUAUGAACAAAAGAGUUUAUAUGUUUGAGUUGCCACAGACCCUACUCCAAGGAGAGCUUGCUCCAGGUGUCAAAGUUCAAUUUAAUCCACUCAUGUUCAAGCUUCAGAGAAAAGAAACACUCCGGGCUUCAUGAGUCUUUGUUUAUACGGUGGAGAAAAGGCAGCAGGUCUGAUGACGGUGUCAAAAUUGCCAAACUCCACUGUAAAAAUUGCAGUUAUUGACUCUGAUACAGUUACACCAAAGAUACAAGUCUGACCUAUUUAUUACAGUUUGAAGUAAGUCACAUUUUUGUCUCCUGUUUCUAAGCAUAGAAUAGUUUCUGAAGUUGCUUCAAGUUUUCUGAUAAAAUGAGAUUUACAAAGUCGUCUCAGUAAUGUUACAAAGAGACGAAGGAAAAGGUAAAACAUAGGAAUACAAGUGCAGUUUCUGUAACUACACAUAACAAGAAGCGGUCAGCUUUAAGGGAACCAACCUGUGAUUACUCAGGAUCACCUUCUUAAGUUUGGUUUAUACUUCUCUGUCCAAUCAAUGGCAUAGGUCUUCGUAGCACCCGUACCUAUGCACCUCCUUCAAAAUGUAAUUAAUGCAUUUUAUUUAUAAAGGCGCCUUUCUAAGCACUCAAGGUCACCGUACAGGGCAGAGUUUAAAAAACAAUAUCAAAAUUAAGCUGAUAAAAUAAACAAGGCACGAUACAGUGCAAUUAAAAUACAAAUAAAAUGAACAGGAUCAAAUACAGUGCAGUGAAGAGGUGUGAUCAGAGUGAGUGCCCUGUGAUUGGUCCACUCGGCUGCUUCUAUUUCCUGCAUUUACAGCACUUCCAGGAUCACCGCACAUCGGUCGUGUAUUUCAUCUCCUCCAGCGUCUCCUCUCUAUUCUUCCCUGUAAUCAUCUCUGUAUGAUAAACAGCAACAUGUAUCAGCUGUAGAUUAACAUAACACACUCGUGAAAAAGUAAACUGAAAACGUAGCAAGACCAGAAACAGGGGACCUGACUCUCAGAGAGACCACACUGCCCUCUAGUGUUUCGGAGGAGUAUUGCUGUGCCACACGGACACAUCUACCUACAAGUAGGGUUGACACAGAAGUAUGAACAAUCCUUAAGUCCUAGUCCCUCAGAAGGGUGGGUGUUUUAAAUCAAACUGUCCCCGUUAGAUUAGAGUUAAAAGUCUUUAUUUUGAAGCUAUUUAUUUGGUAUUUAAUCGGCGGUGUCGUCUUGUUUACCUUGAAAACGUACGGUGUUGUCAGCAGAUUGUUGUCUCUCAUAAAUAUGCAGAGCUGCAGAAAGAGAAAAAACAUCAUCGGUUCAUUCAUCAAUGCCAAUAUGAUGCUGGAGCCACGGUGACAAAACUAACACUCUGUUUUUUUAUGUCUGAUUUUAAGGAAAGAAAUCACUCCGAUAAAGUUUUUGUUAGCUUCGAAAAUAUUAUCCCAAAACCCUCAAAUGUGUGUUUGGAGUUGUGUAACCACACUGAGAAGCCAGACAAGAGCUCCUGCAAUGAAACGAAAACCAAGCAGCAACCUCUGGUGAAGCCAAAAUGAAUCCAGUGUAGUGUAAAAGUGUAAAAAACUGCAGUUCCUCAAGUGGCCACUAGAGGCUGACUCCAAAAGCGAUAGAAACCUCCAUUAACACCCAUGUUAAAACACAGCCGGGUUCAAAAACAAGUUCCUGCUGUAUGACUUAUGUCUUUAUUCUUAUAUACUGGACACAGGGUUAAUAUUUCAUAACACAUCCAGUAUGAUAAUUUAAUGCUAAAAGAUAUGCAUUCAUUUGCAUAAUUAUGGGCGUGGCUAGUUGACGUGCAGGUGUCUGUCUGUGGCUUUAUCCAUCGAAAGUUAGGUUGCUUAGCAUUUCCAAUAUGGAGGCCGCCAACUUUCUGCUUCAUACUGCCUCUUCAGAAACCAAUAUGUGGCGCCACAAUGUUUUAUACAGUCUAUGGUUCAAAAAUAGUCUGAAUUUGCCAACAAAAAAAAAGUGUAGAAGAAAGGAAAUGCUUAAUUUAAUGCUAACUUUCAGUACUUCACAUUUUGGUUGGCAUGUAUAAAUGAUUUAGGGUCAGUUCACAGCUACAAGCCAAAAACCAAGUGUUUACAUGCCAUUGUUAUAAACGUCAAAGACUUGAAUCCAAACCCUGCAAGCAGUGUAACAAACCAAUGCUCUAUAAGCCAAAAGCAGCGCUGCUUAAAGGAACAUGGUUUUACUGACUGAAGCUCCAAUGAUAGAAGAUAAAGGGAAAAGUUGCCAUUAUUAGUGUAAAGUUUGUUUUAGUAUCAGCUGCGCUUUAAACUGAAGUUUCCAAUCCAUGCAGAGACGCCUGAAACUACCAGAAAAAUGAUAAUCUGGCGACCACUUUUGUACGCCAGAUUUGCCAUAAACUGAACUUGAAACACUCUCAACACAGCAGCUCUGCAACACUCCUAGAACAACAAUCUGCUAACAGCACACAUCAUCCAAAGUGCCAGUGUGUGUGUGUGUGCAUUAAUGUCAAAGUUUGACUUUGUUAACAUAAAACAGCUUUUAUACUGUAACAUGUCUAAAUGUUUGGCUUUUCUGUGUCAUUAAAAGUGUGUGCAUUCAUAAGUGUGUGUGUGUGUGUGUGUGUUUGGUUAGGCUUUUUCAUACCUCCUGUGCAGGCUGAUGAAAUACUAAAGCAUGUUAAUAAAGUGUUUGGUAAUAUAAACU